UCUCUCCUCGUAUGCAUCAUCUACCGCUCUGAGGGACUUCUUGCACAGAGCUUGUGCAUCUAGUCACUUGUCUAAUUAGCCUUGAAGUGCUUUUGAAGACCUUGAUAUUAAGCUGUGUGUCAUGAAUAGAGCGCAGACGGAUGUGGACUCGCCUGGCUGGAGGAAGGUUGUCUAGCAGUGGCUUGAAAUUGCUUUUUUUUUUUCUCUUUUUUUUCCUCUCCGCGCUCAGUUCUGAGGGUAUUCAGUAGUGGAGCAGCGGAAGUGAGAGGUGGUUCUGCUUUGAGGGAGGCAAGAACAGAAAAGAGCUUGUAAGACCAAGAGACGUUGGAAUGAGGAGCAAAUAUUCCUGAGCGCCAACGAAGCAUAAGAUGAUUGACAGUCGAAUUUCAGCACAAAGGAGAGAGAUGAGGAAGUUUCCGGGGGAGAGGGGUCAUCAGAAAACCAGCACCUACAUUGUGCCCUGCUUCCUUCUCGUGGAGCUGGUCAUCAUGGCAGGAACUGUUUUGUUGGCGUACUACUUUGAGUACACGGACACGUUUCCCGUGCACAUCCAGGGCUUUUUCUGCUUCGACAAAGCCUACUCCAAGCCAUACCCGGGACCUGAGGACUACAGCAAGGCACCGCCGGUCCUUGUCUACUCCCUCGUCACCGCCAUCCCAACUGUGACGAUACUGAUCGGAGAAGUGACCAGCUUCUUUGUCAAGACAGAGAGCGCUCAGGAGAAGACCAUUGUGACCGCUGACUGCUGUUAUUUCAAUCCCCUCCUCAGAAGGAUCGUCCGCUUUCUGGGUGUGUACUCCUUCGGCCUCUUCACCACCACCAUCUUUGCCAACGCGGGUCAAGUGGUGACAGGGAACCAGACCCCUCAUUUCCUCACCGCCUGCAAACCAAAUUACACCGCUCUGGGGUGUCAGUCUCCGUUGCAGUACAUCGCUGAGCGCCGGGCCUGCACUGGGAACCCCUACUUGGUGGCCAACGCCCGGAAAUCCUUCCCUUCCAAAGACGCUGCGCUCAGCUUUUAUUCAGCCAUUUACACCGUGAUGUAUGUGACCCUCAUUUUUCGGACAAAGGGGACCCGCCUCAUGAAGCCCACCCUGUGUCUGGUGCUGCUGUCCUUAGCGGUGCUGGUGGGAGUGGUGAGGGUGACCGAACACAGGAACCACUGGAGCGACAUCCUGGCCGGGUUCGUCACCGGGGGAGCCAUCGCUGCUUUUCUGGUGUCCUGUGUGAUCAAUAAUUUCCAGCCCACAAGGAGGCCACCGGCACCUCCCCCGCCGAUACAGAUCUCAGAGACGCCAGUCGGGAUUCCUCUGCUCAGUUUGCCUCGCAUCGAGAGUCCACUCGAAAAGUUAAGUGGCUUUCAGGCUCCAGGGCUACCGUAUUCUGAGAUCACAUGACCAUCAGCCAACCCUGUCCCCCACCCCUCCAGAUGUGCUUCUCCCCUCAAGACGUUGUCUCACCAGCUCAGUCUAGAUCCGCCCGAUGAGGGCGCCACACCAUGCCCCGCCCACCCUGAAGGACGCCAACCCCUCCGACGAGUCAAAUCCACCCAGGUCUGACCGCUGGAGGCAGAACUGAGUCAGACCAGUUUGGUGUCCUUGCUGCUCCCCCUCCUCCAUAUGAGUGUGGAGGCACGACGAAAGACUGGUGGAAGCCAGAGCAGUUGAAGCAAUACUGUGUCCACGUCUGUGUAAGGAGUCUCAAGACUGCUCAGAAAAGUCAUGAUGUGGACGAAGGCCCAAUAAUCUUCAACAUUCUUCUCACUCAGGACAUCAAAUCAGUUAAAUCACAGCUAUUUAUGAUCUCAAAUUCAGGUAAGCUCUAUCAGUAUAGACGUGGAUCACCUCCAGCACAGAGAGCACGCCAGUGAUUUUGACAGAAACACUUGACAUCCACACUGCAUUCUCCUCAACCUUCACUCAUGCCAGCGGAACACGUUUAAGGUUAAAGAAGAGACGACUGCAGGUUUUAAAAAAAAAAGGACCCAACAAUGAAUAAGAUCGUCUUUGGGUGCUGAUCUGUUGCCAGGCCGGUUCUGGCUCCCACGACCACAACUUAUUUUAAUCGCUUUCUCCCCCCCAUCAUCCCGCCCUCCUGCUGUCUGACAAGCCGUGUGCAACAGGUGUUAUUGUACAGUUUAUUUACACGUUAUUGUGAAUACUUCAAUGAUAUAACUCAACAUGCACAUCAAUGACAUCACAGGCUGAGACGAAACUGCGUUAUCUACAGACGACUGUGCUCGCGCGUGUGUUCACCAGCACGUCCAAGGGCAGUGCCACUGUUAUUAUUUUGUAUUUUCUCUUCUGCUAUCUCUGGUAGCUGAUAUACUACCAAGCGUGUGUCUGAAGGACUGCUGAGGCGUCUGGACAGUGCCAGCUCAUAGCAGAACAAACUGGUCAUUGUGACUCUGGAGUUAAAUGAAAACAACUUUUUUUUUGUAAGUGAAGAGUCAAGAUUCUGUUAUUUUCUUCUCAAGUGUCUGUUUUGUAUUAAUUUAUUACAAUAAAUAGCAGUUAUAUAAAAGGCUGUCCGCUCUGUUAUUACACGGAAGAGGAAUGACAGCGAAGGAAACCCCAUCAGCGGUGGAG